AUGUCCGAUUACGAAAAAGGCGAAAAAAACGAACACCUCGAGGACGUUGCUGUUCACAGCGAAGAACAGCUCUCGGCUCCUCUUGACGAAAAGGCCGACAGGCGACUCACUUUAUCACGACUGACACCAAAGAUUCGUUUCUUAUUAUACUUGCUCUCGUUCUUGGAUCGUUCCAACAUCGGAAAUGCGCGCGUCGCUGGCUUGGUGACUGAUAUUGGCCUCAAGGGGCUCCAAUACAAUAUCUGCGCGGCAGUGUUUUUCAUUACUUACUCAGCUGCCGAAAUCCCGUCUAACAUGGCGUUGAAGCUGCUCCGUCCUUCCAUUUGGAUUCCCUCAAUCAUGGUGGCUUGGGGCUUGGUCAUGACUUUUAUGUGUUUCGUCAAGGACUUCAAAGGUCUCCUCAUUGCCCGUCUCUUCCUCGGCUUGACUGAAGCCGGAUUAUUCCCUGGUGUCAACUUUACAUUUCUAUGUGGUACAAACGCUCUGAGCUUGCUCGUCGUGUUGCACUUUUCUUUUCGGCUGCUACCAUUGCCGGUGCAUUUGGCGGUCUUUUGGCCUUUGGAAUCGACCACAUGGAGGGCGUUGGUGGUCUACAUGGUUGGGCUUGGAUUAAAUCCAACUAGAGAUGUUCCACAGUUCGCGCUUGAGGGUAUGCUUACAGUAAUCGUGGCCAUAGUUGCGUUCUUCUAUCUUCAUGAUGUAAGUAUUGGGUCCAUGCACCUCAUGUCCAAACUUACCAUAGUUCUAGUACCCGAAACUGCUCGUUUUCUCACUCCCGAGGAAAAGCUUGCUGUCCGGGCUCGUAUCACACGCGAUGCAAAUUCCCUUGCCACCCACUUUGAUAUUAAAUUCGUCUGGCAGGCGCUUGGUGACUGGAAAUCCUGGAUGCAAGUUAUCAUUUACACUGGCAUCCUCAUCCCCGUCUACGCAUUUUCGCUCUUCCUGCCGACGAUUAUUACUGGGUUAGGAUAUUCCGGUCCUCAAGCCCAGCUUCUUAGUGUCCCACCCUAUGUCGUUGCUUGUAUUGUGACCAUCGCCCCAGGUGCCGGUUACGCAGCCACCAUCAUUGCUGCUUGUGGAGUCUUCCCAACAGUCGCAGUUGCAAUUGCCUGGGCCGGCAACAAUGCCGGCGGUGAACUCAAGCGCGGUGUUGUUCUCGCCAUGACAAUCGGUUUCGGUAAUUUGGGCGGUAUCUCCUCGCUACCACCUGGCCAUGGAGUCGUUAUUGGAGUAUUGUGCAUGAGCUGGGUAGCCAGUCUCAUCGCGGUCGUAGUGUACCGCCGACUGAACACCCAGAAGGACGAACUGUGUGCUCGUGAGGAUAUUGUUGACAACGAGGAGCGCCGGACGGAGUACAGGGAUUUGGGAGAUGCGAGCCCGUUGUUCAGGUAUACUAUUUAG